GGCAACUAUUGCUUCUCAUGCAGCCUGCUUGAAGUUGCAGCUUCAAGUUCAAGCUCAGCAUUGACAACAACGUCCAAGACAAAACAGUUGAAGCCAGGCGCCUUCCUCCAUUCUUCGCGGAUCGCAUCUCAUUCUCUGCGCAGCGGCUCUCUCCUCGUGGGAUCCCCCAUUGUGCUUGAAGCCACCAAUCAGAAACGUUUCUGCAGCAGGCGCAACUGACAGCGACUCUCGAAAAAUGUCGUCAACCGAAGGCAGGGGCGAGAUAUACUUUGAAGACAUUUUCACUGUCACGAAGAAGGAUCCAGACGGGCGAAAAUUUGACAGAGUUUCCAGGUUGAUCGGCGUCGGGGAACAGUUCGAGAUGGACUUGAUACUGGACGUCAACACGUUCCUGUACCCGCUGAAUAAGGAUGAUAAGUUCACCCUGGCGCUGGCGCCCAAACUGAGCCUGCGGGAAGGCGUCCAGGACAGCGCAUACUUUGACCAAAGUGGGGAGCCUAAUCUAGCCGACAAGUACGAGUACGUCAUGCACGGCAAGCUCUACAAGUAUGCAGUGGAGGAAAGAAGCAAAAAAGGGGAGAUAUACAUCUCGUUUGGAGGCCUCCUCAUGAUGCUUCGAGGAGACCCUGAGCAACUACAAAAGCUAGAACAAGAUCAAAGACUGUACCUUCUAAUAAGGAAAGUCAGCUGAUUUUGGGUGAUUUCAUCGACUUUUUAAAAGUACUUUUUCGAUUGAACGGGGUGACACACAGUAUACAGAAAGUUUGCACUGGCUUUAUGGUCCGGUCUCCAUUCAAUAAGCAGCUGCUGCCCGCACAUCAAGUCCAAGUUGAAUCGAUGUUGGAUGGAGCUUUGGC